AUGGCUGGCAGAGGAUAUGGACGAGGAGGGGGACGAGGAGGGGGACGGGGCGGAUAUCAACAAUAUUCACGACCAGAGCCAUUUGUACUUUAUCCCGAGGAUAUUAAUUUGCCUGAUGUUAAACACGGCGAAAAUGAUGCUAGUAUGAAACAGUUGAUUAAAUGGGAUUUAAGUUUUGAUAGUUAUUUUAAAGCGGCUCCUUAUCUCUUGGAUGACACAGAAUUAAAAGGGCGCAAAAGGAUGCACAUAGAAAGAUUUUCUGACAAGAAGAAGACCACGUUUACGCGUGAUUCUCUGUCUCAGGUUUUAUAUUUCGACGGAUUUGUUAAGGAGUUGGUUCCAGGUAAAUCUAAGCAGAUGCCGAGUCGGAAAAAAUUUCGAUGGAACCCAGAAGCUGAUACGAAAAAAUUGGCAUUCUUUGAAGAACUAGAGAAAAAGCUCCUGGCGCAAGAGAGUAAAGAUCAAAAGAAGAAAAAAGAAGAAAGUGAAGAUGAAGAUGAAAAUGAAGAGGGAAAAGAGUCAGAAGACGAUUUUAAUGAUGGUGAUUAUAAUCAGAAUGUAGAUUAUGAUGACGAUGAAGAUGAUUUUAAUGAUGUAGAGGCUGGGAUCGAUGAAGAUGUCUAUUAA